CGCGCUGCUGCCGGCCGCCCUCGCCGAGCCGGCGGCGGAGCGGGGCCGCCCCCAGGUGCUGCGGCCGCUGACGCCCAGGUCCCCCAGGGCGGAGUCGGACGGCACCUCGGAGCACUGCCAGCACUCCGCGCGGGGCGGCGAGGCCUCCUGCCUGGAGCAGAGGGCCGGCGGCGGCGCGGGGCUCCUGUUCCGCCGCCAGGGGCCGGAGGACGCGGCGAGCGAG